AUGGCCAUGUCUCUCGCGGAUUUGCUGCUGCCUUUGUUUCUACUCGUCUUUCUCACAAGAUCCCGGUCACAGUGCCCCACAAAUCCAUCCGCAAUCGUGAACGACACACAGGUUCUUCUCUCUCUCCGUGACAGGCUUGGCAUCAAAGUGUGGAACGAGACUGCCGAUCCAAGAGCAUGGCGGGGAGUGGAGUGGAGCUCGGACAACCAAGUGGAGGGCCUCGCUCUGUCCAGGUUUAAUCUCUCGGGAGUUUUUCCUGCCACCUGGGCCGAGCUUCCAUCGCUGGCUCGCCUGGACCUCUCGCAAAACGGCCUCUCCUCGCUGGAAGUCCCUUGCAAAAAUACGCAGCUCAACCUCCUCAACUUGAGCUCCAAUUCCCUGCAAGAGUUCCCCGGAAAUCUCUCCAGCCUCAAGAGUUUGGAAAGCCUGGACCUCAGUGGGAACUUCUUAACAGUGGCCAGACUCCCAAACUUUAGCUUGAUGCUGCGAUCGCUCAACCUGUCCAUCAACAACUUAACUGGGAGCUUUUCCAUUGGUGGUAACCUGGGACUGGAGGCACUGGAACUCUCGCACAACGGACUCAGCGGCUCCAUUCCAGAAACUUUCGGGGAGAUGACGAACUUGACGCGCCUGGACAUAUCGUAUAACAGGUUUAGCGGAGAUCUACCCGAUAUUUGGAGCAAGAACUUGGAGCUCAGGUACAUGCGUAUCUCCAACAAUUCGCUCCAUGGUGGUUUGCCACCGAGCUUGAGAAGGCUACGCAAGCUCUCUGUUUUACGCGCUGCAUACAACUCUCUCUCCGGGCCACUGGAGCUGGAAGAUGGCAACUUUGCAAGCAUCGAGGUUUUGAACCUCGGGCUAAACGGGUUUAGCGGAACGAUCCCGGCUACGCUGGGAAGCUUGAGGAACUUGAAGAUCUUGGUUCUCACGGGGAAUCAUUUUAGUGGCGCCAUACCACUGGAGCUUGGAAACUGGUCGAACAUCAGAGAGAUAUGGCUUGACAGCAAUAACUUGACUGGAACAAUCCCAGGCGAGCUCUCGAAGCUCUCACAUCUCCAGCAGCUGGUUCUCACGGGGAAUCGUUUUAGUGGCGCCAUCCCAGGCGAGCUCUCGAAGCUCUCGCAUCUCCAAAGGGUGGUUCUCACGGGGAAUCGUUUUAGUGGCGCCAUACCUCCGGAGCUUGGAAACUGGUCGAACAUCAGGGAGAUAUGGCUCAACAGCAAUAACUUGACUGGAACAAUCCCAGGCGAGCUCUCGAAGCUCUCGCAUCUCCAGAAGCUGGUUCUCACGGGGAAUCGUUUUAGUGGCGCCAUACCUCCGGAGCUUGGAAACUGGUCAAACAUUAAGGAGAUAUGGCUCAACGGCAAUGAUUUGACUGGAACAAUCCCAGGCGAGCUCUCGAAGCUCUCACAUCUCCAGCAGCUAGUUCUCAGCAGUAACGACAUCGGUGGGGAGCUCCCUUCCGGACUCUCCAACUGCACUGAGCUCGUUGGCUGGACCAGAACAAGUUCUCUGGAAAUCUCCCUGACAGCUUCGGGAAUUUGA